AUGUCGUCCCAGAUCGAGUACAAUCAGAUGCCAAGAGAGCCUGCGCCAGCCGUGCUCUCGGAACGCAAGAUUAGCUCUCUGCAACCUGGCCCAAAUCAGCCAAUGACGAUGGAUCAACCAGCAAACCUGCGAGGCGGCGAUGGCGGAGUAAGUGAUUAUUACCCCCCCAAACCCCCAACCACCCUUUCCCUCUUCCUCCCAAGAGCCUAUGCUGUUGCGACAUCUCUUCGACCUGGAAAACUCGUGUGUGAAGUCCAGGGAGGAGAUCUGAUAACGCGAGAGACACUUUACGACCCAUCAUAG